UAUUUGAAUUUUAAGAACACACAAAUUGAACUGUUCUGAUGAGCCGUCGCUGUGUCGUCUGCGGUAAGGAGUCCGCUGAGAAUGCCCCCGAUGGCGCCCAUUACCAUCCCAGAAACAAGAAGGAGGCCCUUAUUUGGCAGCGAAGCAUGGGCGCAACCGAUACAUCUGUGGAGGACAUACAAAAAUGUUGUUGCGUCUGCAUUGAGCACAUUCCACAAUUUGUGGUGCGUGCUCAGGAGCAGGCUUCACUUAAUAAGGACAUAAGCAAGUCAGAGAAGAAUAGCCAUGAAGCAAAAUCGUCAAAAAAUGCUGUCCAUAAAUUUGAAAUUCGAGGACCAUCGCUAAAUGUCCUGCUCCUGCCUGGUGCCGUUACGCUGCCCCCUCAUUGUGAAAAGUUCAAUGGGAAGACGAGCGAAAACGAUGAAAACCAGGAGGAUGUUUGUCUGGAUGAAGAAAUCUAUGUGAAGGAAUCGAGCUAUGCGAAUUGCUGUGCGAUCUUAGCAGAUAUGGAUGAGACCGAAGUAACAGUGCUGCAAACACCCACGCACAACGACGAUGAUCUGCGGCAGGAACACAACGCGGAAUAUGGGGAUAAUAAUUGCACGGAUGUUUUGGUGCUAGGUCAACGAAGCAGCGACAAGUGUCCCUACAGAUGUGAGCAGUGCUCUAAGAUGGCAUACUCUCCAAAUGAUUCGGCUCAUAUCCCUUACAAUUUACCGCCUCUGGGCGACGAGAAUGGCACCAAGAUACAUAAAGAGCUAAGCGAUGUAAUUUUACGACAGCAGCAGCGUAUAUACGAGUUGGAAGUCCUGGUCGGUCGCCAAAACAAUUGGCAAUUGUCAUUGCAGCAAAAAAUUAACGAGUUGAAUGCUGAAUUCGGACGUGUUGAUAUGCAGCAGGAACUGACACAGAUUGCAUCCAAUUCAAUGCAUUCAGAGCCCAUUGAGCAGCUGUCGAGUCAGCCAAAGAUGACAACGGGCGGCAGCGUGCAGUGGUAUUCUCAGCGGUCUCUAGCACAUGAACAGUCGAAACAGCCAAAUUGCCUGAAUGGAAGUCAAAAUACUAUAAUGCAGUCGGAGGCUUGAAAUUAUUGGAUUAUACAAAUUUACGUGUUUUCGUUAGCGAAAAAUGUUGAAAAAAUAGUUCACACUACUUGUGACAUUGAAACAAUUAUACAAAAUGUACAUGUCUAAUA